AUGUAGAAAAAGGAAAGAUCAAUUAAAGAGGAUUAAACGGCUGACAAGAAAAAUAUAAAUAAUCCUUCAGAGCCACAGGCUUCAACAGACCUAGAUGGAAACAUGGGAAGUAGAGUAGCUAUACUAUAAAAGUAUGGUGAUAACUAUGCGCAAAGGAUAAAAUAGGAGUAGAUAAAGAUCAACGAGAUCAAUAAUAAAAUAAAAGAUGUAUAGAUUAGGAUUGAAUAAUCAAGAAAAAUGAUAAAAGACAGUCAUGGCUAGAGAGAAUCGACAGAAGAUAUGAGCCGUAAAAUCAAGUCAAUAGAAAACCGUUUAGACAAGUAGCUUCAAAAGUUCAAUCAAGCAGUGGCACAUAAUAAAAUGCUUCGUGCAGAGAUAGAUUCAGUUCGAAAAGAAAAAGUAGUUUUUGACAAUAUAUAUAAAAAGCUAGAUUCUGAACUAGCUCAGAAAAAAGAGAAGCUUUUAAAAGUCAUUAAAAGAGCAGAAAAUGCUUUUAGUCAGAAAGAGUAGGCCUUGAAUGAUAUUUAGCUUUUAAAGAAGGAAUAAUAAAGAGAUUAGGAAGAGUAUGAUAGGGAAUGUGAAAAGCUUAAUCUACUCAUACAGAAAGACAAAUAGAUCAGAGACUAUAUUAAGACCAAAGAAGAAAGUAAGGCUGCUUAAUAACAAGCAAACAAUACUCUUAAAAAUCAAAGUAUGAUGGGAGAUUCCAAGCAUGAUAUCAAGACCCAAAGACAUGACAACUUAAAUGAACUGACAAAUACUGAAAAGUCUCUGAAGAAAUAAGUUUCCUAGCUCGGAUGGUCUAUUGCCAGAGAUACAGCUAAUGUUCAUUUAUCAAUGGCAAAGAUGCAACAAUAUGAGGAGGCUUUCAAUAGUAUAAAAUUAGGCACCAAUUUAAAUAAUAUUGACUAGCUGGUUAGUGAGUUUGUCAAUGCAGAGAAUCUGAACUUCUCACUCUAUAACUUUGUCAAAGAUCUCACUCACGAAAUGGAUGAUUUAGAAAAUGAAAUUAUGGGAAUCAGAUAAGAAAUAGAGAAAUUUAGAGGUCAUGGGGUGAAUAAUGAGAAAAAUAGAGAUAAUAUCGAAUCAACCUUGAACAAUGAGCUUAAAAGUACUGAGAAGGAGCUCAAAGAUAUUGAGACAGAUUACUAAAAUACAAUGAAAACAAUUAAUUGCUUGAAAAUAGGUAUUUAGUCAAUCUUCGAUAAAAUAAAGAUAUAACCUGAUGAUGUACCAGAACUAAUAGGUUCCAAGUGUGUUACUGAGAGUAAUAUGUUACAGUAUCUAGGAUGCAUUGAGAAAGUUUGUGAUGAGGUAUUAGAAAUGUAUUAACAACGUCAAGCUAAAGAUGGCUAUGACUCACAAUAAAAUGAAGGUGGAGGUGCGUCAACAACACCAUCAAAUAUUAGAGGAGGUAAGGACAACAAGCAGAGUACUAUGAAUAAAGAGAGUGAAAAGGUUACUUAACUUGAUCCACCAGAUCUCCUAAAUUGGAGUGAAUAUGAUGAAUAGUACUUUGAGGACCUUGAAAAAUACUAGCAAGAUAAUCCUGUAAAGUUGCACUUUAAAUAUCGUGAUAAGAUGGAAAGAGAGAACUCAGAGUUGCUUAAUAGAAAAACGGGAAAAACUUUACAGAAAACCGGCUCUGACAUAAAAGGGAUUAGUGGAAAAUUAAAAUGA